UUCUGAUGCGGGGCGGAUCCAUUUCCCUUCGUCGACGAACAAGCAUUCCACACUCUGUCGGACGCCGUACACCGGUGUCAGCCCUGCGUGGUUGUUCUCGGGCAAGCAGUGGAGAAGGUUCGAAUUCUAGGGCCUUUAUUACUCCCAAAAUCCGAAUUUGAACCCUAAAAUAGAGAGAAAGCUUAAAGUCUGCGCUUUCCAUUGAGCUUGAGUGAAGUUUCACUUGGAGAGUAGCUAGUAGAUUCAACCUCCAACGAAGCAGCAAUGCAAGGAGCAUUGUCUGGCAUUGGAUAUGGUCUGAAAUAUCAGGCUAGAUGCAUAUCAAAUGUGAAGGCAGACACAGAUCACACUAGUUUCCUUGCAGGAACUCUUAGCCUUAAAGAAGAAAAUGAGGUCCAUCUGAUUCGGCUUUCGCCAAGUGGACAUGAAUUAUUCUGCGAAGGCUUGUUUUCGCACCCCAGCGAGAUCUGGGACCUUUCAUCCUGUCCUUUUGAUCAGCGGAUCUUUUCAACUGUCUACUCCACUGGUGAAUCAUUUGGAGCAGCAAUAUGGCAGAUCCCGGAGUUAUAUGGGGAGUUAAAUUCCCCCCAGUUAGAGAAAAUUAGCUCCCUAGAUACUCAUGCUGGUAAGGUUAAAUGUAUUCUUUGGUGGCCAUCUGGGAGGCAUGAUAAGUUGAUCAGCAUUGAUGAGGAAAAUCUGUACUUGUGGAGCUUAGAUGUUUCCAAGAAAAUUGCGCAGGUCCAAUCACAAGAUUCAGUUGGCAUGCUGCACAACUUAUCUGGAGGGGCAUGGGAUCCACAUGAUGUGAAUUCCGUUGCAGCUACUUGUGAAUCAUCUGUCCAACUUUGGGAUAUUCGAACAAUGAAAAAGACGAUUUCAGUUGAGUGUGCCCAUGUUCGAAACGUUGAUUACAACUACAAGAAGGAGCACAUACUUGUUACUGCAGAACACGAAUCUGGGAUACACGUUUGGGAUCUAAGAAAGCCCAAAGUUCCCACCCAAGAACUUCCAGGACAUACACAUUGGACGUGGACUGUCAAGUGUAACCCUGAGUAUGAAAGACUGAUAUUGAGUUCUGGCACUGACUCAACUGUGAACCUGUGGUUGGCUUCAUCAAGCAAUGAUGUGUUAACAUCUGAAAGCAGGCACGCAGAUUCACCAACCCAUUGGGUUGACCCAUUACUGAAUACAUAUAGCGAUUAUGAAGACAGCAUUUAUGGCCUUGCAUGGAGUUCUCGUGAACCUUGGAUCUUUGCAUCAUUAUCAUAUGAUGGAAGGGUUGUUGUAGAAUCGGUUAAACCUUUCAUCCCCAAAAUGUGAAAGUUCAACAUCAAUGGCUUCAUUGCACCUGGCUUUCUUGUUCUGUGCAUCAAAGUAAUUGCAUGCCUUUCGUCCAGUUCCAGAAAGGAGUAUUUUCUCGAAGACCUGACUUCUCGUUCAUCGUGUGUGGAUACGUCUGGGCUCAACUGGUUGACAUGCUACAUCUAUUACCAGUAAUCACAAUAACUUUUGAAAUGAGUAUUUUUUUUCCCUUAUAAUCUUUUUUGUUCUCUCAACUUUAAAUUCGAUUCCCGUAUUAUUCCGUGAGUCGAGGGACAUGUAUGUAGCUCAUCCUAGUCAUCGUUUAAUCUGUGUAGCUAUAGGUGCUUGUGCCUUUUGUGAGUUCAUGAGUAAACUGUAAACUGCAAUUUGCAAACAGGGAAAAGUGCUGGAAGAAAUUGAGCCAGUCCUUACUUUCCUUUCUUUUUGUUUUUCUGGGAAAUAGAGGUUGUUUCACCAUGUCUUGUGACUGUAAUAACUACUGCUUUCUGAAGACGUUUGAGACAUUUUUUAUGUACUUAAAGAAUAGUUAUGUUGUUCUAUUUGGUUAUGAAACAUCUCAACUUUUCAAUCA